AGAACCACCACCAUGUCCAGCUCCGCCACGACCCCAGAUACCACAGUUCUCCCCGCCCCAAAGCCUUCAGGGUACUGCGAAUUCGAUGACUGCCCCGACGUUGAAGAAGGCGCAGUGGCCAAGAGCCGAUGUUCAGUAUGCAAAGACUACUCCUACUGCAGCCAAAAAUGCCAAAAACUACACUGGAAGCAACACCACAAGUGGGGCUGCUCGUCCUUGGUCGUCGAGAAAGACAAAGCCUUCCUUGAGCCUGAUCCUGAGGAGCUCAAGAAACUUGAAGAUGUGGUUGUAAGAUGGCACGCGGCGUUUGAGAAGCUCCCGCGUGAAACGCCCUCGAGCCGAGCAUGGAAGGCGAGCUCGUUGCCCGAGUCUCAGGAACUUUUGCAACUCGAAAUCCCAUCAGGCUCCUCAUACACCCGCCUCCCCCAAGACCACACAACCUACCCCUUCCGCCUCCCCUUGACCCUCAUCGCCCGACGCUUCACCUCCGAAAUGCUCUCCUCCCUCUCCCCAGAAGCCCGCACCGUCCUCGGCGGCUACAUAACCACCUGCGGGCACAACCCGCCCAAACCCCACUUCACCAAAAUCUACGGCCCCAAGGUGGUCGGUAAGCCAGCGGAUUUGGCCCCUGGGGAGUACAAUUUUUGGAUGACACUCGCGCCGUAUAUGACGAUCCAGGAUUUUGGAGUGUGUGAGUUUGGGGAGUGGGAGGUGAGGAUGAGGGCGUUGGCGACUGCUAGGGUGUUCUUGUGGGAUGAUAGGAAUUUGAAUGGGAAGAAGUGAGGUGACCUUGUGGACGAAGGUUGGCCCGUUCUAACUUCUUAAUCUUAUCUGUGUUGUGCUGCUGCUUCUUUG